UGUGUAAAGUGUAAGUCGGGUGUCUAAGGUAUUUAAGGUGUGCUAAGUUGGGGGUGUCAGGUUUGACACAUGAAUACAAAAAGUGUACUUUAAUGAGGUUUCACACUAAAUCAGUGGUUCUCAAAUGCCAAGGGGUAUGUUAGAUUUUUUUAAAAAUAUUCUAAAAAUAGCAAUAAUGCAAAAAUCUUUUUAAAAUAUAUUUAUUGAAUAAUACUUCAACAAAAUAUGAAUGCAACAAUGCAAUAUUCAGUGUUGACAGCUAGAUUUUUUUGUGGACAUGUUCCAUAAAUAUUGAUGUUAAACAGGUCUUUUUUUGUGAAGAAAUGUUUAGAAGUAUGUUGAUGAAUCCGGAUAGAUCUCUAUUACAAUCCCCAAAGAGGGCACUUUAAGUUGAUGAUUACUUCUAUGUGGAGAAAUCUGCAUUUACAAUUGAAUCACUUCUUUAUUUUUUCAACAAGUUUUUAGUUAUUUUUAUAUCUUUUUUUUCCCCAAAUAGUUCAAGAAAGACCACUACAAAUGAGCAAUAUUUUGCACUGUUAUACAAUUUAAUAAAUCAGAAACUGAUGACAUAGUGCUGUAUUUUACUUCUUUAUCUCUUUUUUCAACCAAAAAUGCUUUGCUCUGAUUAGGGGGUACUUGAAUUAAAAACAUGUUCACGGGGGUACAUCACUGAAAAAAGGUUGAGAACCACUGCACUAAAUAACACAAAAAGUGUACUUUAAUGAGGUUUGACACACUAAAUAACACAAAAGGUGUAUUUUGAUGAGGUUUGACACACUAAAUAACACAAAAGGUUUAUUUUGAUGAAGUUUGACAAACUAUAUAACACAAAAAGUGUACUUUGAUGAGGUUUGACACACUAAAUAACACAAAAGGUGUAUUUUGACGAGGUUUCAGACUGUCCAGUGUACUGGCCCAGGUGACGUCACGGCGCAGACGGCAGUCUACUGGGUGACGUCACGGUCGGGGGAGGAGUCUCCCUCGUCCUGAGGGGAGACGAUGAUGGCGUGCGCCUCCAACAAGGAAGUGUCGGUGGACCCCCCCAGGAAGCGUGACGUCACUUCCAGGUCUUGGAGCCUGAGGCGGACAGUGCUGCCGCGCGCCAGACUGAGUGCGCGUGCGCGUGCGGGCCGCCGACACACGCAGUGCAGUUUGGCGCCAAAGUCGACGUAAAGGUCGUCGCCGACCACGUGGAAGACCGUGCCCACCGCCAUCUUGUUCCGGGCAUCUCCCAUCUGCACCAGCGGGCUGGCACGCAGCAGCGCGGCGAAGCUGGCCUCUGGAGCCUUCGGCGGCGAGCUGAAAGAGGCGGCGAAGCCCGACUUUGGCUUGUCGUCGUCGGCAUGCUGGCUGCCGGAAGUCCCGGAGCAGAAGGUCCUGAGCGGGCGGGACAGCAGCGCAACUGCACUCGUCCUCCGAAGCAGCGCCAUCUUGCCUCUCUUCUUCUUCUCCUUUUUCCGGUGGCCGGCGGAAGUAGGCUUCUUGGGCGCACUGCUUCCCCCCGCUGGUCCUCGGUGGGAUAGCUUAAGCACUUUCGACUACUGUUUUUGAAUAGUUUUAUAUCUACAGAGCGAAGUCAUGGUAAGACCAAUAGAACACAGAAAUGGCGGACAGUAUAACAAAGUAUGAAAUAAAAAUGUAUAGAAGUGUGUGAAUGCGCAUGCGCACAGGGAGAAAAUACAAGUCCAAUAAAAACGUCAUGUUGCUUGUUAUUGUGGGAUGUGAUGGCGGAGGGAUCUACUUUCCAGCUCCGUGGCAUCACUGCAGGGAAAUAUCAAUCCGCGUUAGUCAGGUCCUGGUCCUCGGUGAGUGUGUGAAAGUGAGUGUGUACUUUGUGUCACCACAACAAGUGUCCGUGUGUAAACAACAACAUGCGCGGCGCCGCACUUUGACGGCGACAGCAGCCGCCGUGACCGAGGCGAGGAAGCUAGGCGACAACAUCCUCCGCCGACAUGCCGGGAAUGAUGGACAAAGGGUCGGAAUACUUGGGCAAAGCUCGUUCUAACGGCACCAAGAGUCCGUCCAACGCCUCUAACGGACAUUUGACGGACGACAGCGGCAGUGACGACGACCACGAUGUUGGAAUGAGAGUCGGAGCAGAUUACCAAGCACACAUCCCCGACUUUGAUGCUGGAUGCAGCAAGUAUUGGGAGAAGGACAACGGGGGGAUGCUGGUGUGGUCGCCACAUCACAACAUCGAGGACACCAAGCUGGACGAGUACAUGGCACUGGCCAAGGAGAAACAUGGAUACAACGUUGAACAGGCCCUGGGCAUGCUGUUCUGGCACAAACACAACAUCGAGAAGUCUUUAGCAGACCUUCCCAACUUCACGCCGUUUCCUGAUGAGUGGACGGUGGAGGACAAAGUUCUUUUUGAGCAAGCCUUUAGUUUCCACGGCAAGAGUUUCCACCGCAUCCAACAGAUGCUGCCAGACAAGUCCAUCUCCAGUCUGGUCAAGUACUACUACUCCUGGAAGAAGACCCGCUCCAGAACCAGUCUGAUGGACCGACAAGCUCGCAAGCUGGCCAGCAGAAGUAACCAGGGGGACAGUGAGGAGGAGAUGGAGGAGACUCAUGUAAUAGAAACCAACGACAGCGACUAUGACCCCAACAAGGAAGCCAAGAAAGAGGUCAGUGGUUGCCAUGGUGAUCCUUCCUUCUGCUCAAGGCGGCCUUCAUCUCCUCAGCCCAACCAGGCCGAGCCGUCCACACCGGCAUCCAAGUUAGCAUUGGGUCGGCGGGAGCACCAGACGCUGCAGCAUCGCCACCAUCAGCGCUCCCGGUGCCGUCCCCCCAAAGGCAUGUACCUGACCCAGGACGACGUGGUGGCCGUGUCCUGUAGCGCCGCCGCCGCCAACGCCCUCCUGCGCCAGCUGGACAUGGAGCUGGUGUCCCUCAAGAGGCAGGUCCAAAACGCCAAGCAGAUGAACAGCGGACUCAAGCAGGUCUUGGAGGUCGGCAUCAACCACCUGCGCCUGCCAGAGUGCGCUCAGAAGGUCAACGCUCGCUGGACCACUGAUGAGCAGCUACUGGCCGUGCAAGGAGUGCGCAAGUAUGGCAAGGACUUCCAGGCCAUCGCCGACGUCAUCGGAAACAAGACGCUUGGACAGGUCAAGAAUUUCUUUGUCAACUACCGGCGGCGUUUCAACCUGGAGGAGGUGCUUCAGGAGUGGGAGGCGGAGCAAGGGACCAAUGGGGACGGCGCCGUCUCGGGCGAGGAGGGAAAGAACCUGUCUGCCACACCUUCAGGGAAGAGCACCGACGAGGAAGAUGAAGAGGCUCAAGUCAGCUCAGGUGCGUCACCUGGCUCAUCGUCUUCUCAGGCAGCGGUGGCAUCAAGCCCCGCCUCCGCCCUCCAUCAGCCCCCGCCCCUCCUGCGCCCUUCCCUGCCGGCCACGCCCUCUUUGCAUCGCCAGCCGCCGCCCCUUCAACAGCAGGCUCGCUUCCUGCAGCCCCGCCCCUCCCUGCAGCAGCCACCGCCUCUCAUCCGUCCGUCCAAUCCCCCGCCCCCACGUCUAAACCCCCGCCCUUCCGUGUCCACGCCCCUCAACGCCAGUGCAGGGACGAUAAGUGCAAGCGGCGCUCAGCAACCCGCCAUUGUGGCGGCCAACCAACCAGACUCCUCCUCCCUCCACUGACCAACCAACCAGACUCCUUUUCCCUCCACUGACCAACCAACCAGACUCCUCCUUCGACUCCAUGUGACCAACCAACCAGACUCCUCCGCCCUCCACUGACCAACUAACCAGACUCCUCCUCCCUCCACUGACCAACCAACCAGACUACUCCUCCCUCCACUGACCAACCAACCAGACUCCUCCUCCCUCCACUGACCAACCAACCAGACUCCUCCUCCGACUCCAUGUGACCAACUAACCAGACUGCUUCUCCCCCCACCGACCAACCAACCAGACUCCUCCUCCCUCCCCUGACCAACCAACCAGACUCCUCCUCCCUCCACUGACCAACCAACCAGACUCCUCCUCCUCCGACUCCAUGUGACCAACCAACCAGACUCCUCCUCCCUCCACUGACCAACUAACCAGACUCCGCCUCCCUCCACUGACCAACCAACCAUACUCCUCCUCCCUCCACUUACCAACCAACCAGACUCCUCCUCCCCCCACUUACCAACCAACCAGACUCCUCCUCCCUCCACUGACCAACCAACCAGACUCCUCCUCCCUCCACUGAACAACUAACCAGACUCUUCCUCCCUCCACUGACCAACCAACCAGACUCCUCCUCCCUCCACUGACCAACCAACCAGACUCCUCCUCCGACUCCAUGUGACCAACCAACCAGACUCCUCCGACUCCAUGUGACCAACCAACCAGACUUCUCCUCCCUCCACCGACCACCCAACCAGACUCCUCCUCCCGCCACUGACCAACCAACCAGACUCCUCCUUCCUCCAGUGACCAACCAGGACCAGCUGGUCAACAACAGUCAGGACAAAUGUAGAUCAUGUACAGGGAGCUAUCUGCUGGGGUAGGCUCCAGCAUUGAUUUUUCUUUUUCUCUGUAAUCAUUCAAUCAGUCAUGUACAUCGUGAUCGAUAAGUUUGGUAUGGAAAUACAAACUGAUGAUUUACAUGCUAAUCAAUAAGUUUGUACGUGCUAAUCAAUAAGUUUGGUAUUGAAAUACAAACUGAUGAUUCACAUGCUAAUCAAUAAGUUUGGUAUUGAAAUACAAACUGAUGAUUCACAUGCUAAUCAAUAAGUUUGGUAUUGAAAUACAAACUGAUGAUUCACAUGCUAAUCAAUAAGUUUGGUAUUGAAAUACAAACUGAUGAUUUACAUGCUAAUCAAUAAGUUUGUACUUGCUAAUAAGUUUGGUAUUGAAAUACAAACUGAUGAUUUACAUGCUAAUCAAUAAGUUUAAUGGCACUAGCUGAAGGUUGAAGUGUUUAUUGAAAGGUUUGUGUUGUUAAAACAAGAACUUUUAAGUUGAUUACAAUUAAAAUGUAUUAGAAACCGA